AUGUUCUGGAUUGAGAACAACUCGUUCAAAAAGUUCAAGGCUCCUGCCGAUGAGGAGUCUCGCAAGAACGCUCCUGCUGCCUGCCCCGAGAGCGGGCUCCCCGAUCCGAUCAUGGGGCCCGCUUCCGAGCUCAUGGAGUACCCUGCUGGCCGGAGGCUCCUUGCCGGCCGUCAUAUUCCGCCCCCUACCCCGCCGACCACGCCCAUCAACUCGGCAGGCUCUCCCUGCAGCACCGUGCUCACGGUCCUUGAGCCGGUACCCAUCAGCGAGCCGGACCUUGAGCGCGGCGCUACCGUCGACCUGGACGGCGUUGUCCCUGGUGACCGGUUCGCUGUGGACGCUCGCCUGGUCCGGGUCCAGCGCCCGACCUCUCGAGUCACGGGACGCCACGGACGUUACCUCGCCGUUGGCGUCCUGGGUGCCCUGGUCAUUUCUGCCGUCAUCAACUUUGGCGUCAGUUACGUUCAGUACGCGCAACAGGCGCCUAGCGCCGUGAGCCCUGAUCUCUUCCGCCCGCCGAUGUCCCUUGUGGCUGACGCGGGCUUCACCGCGGCCGCCCAGAGCGUCCUCACCUGGGUGAUCACCUUGCCCCUCGUCAACCGGGACAUCCUCGGGGGUAGGGUCGCUCCGCUACGACUGCGAUUCUGGGGACGACAACCCCAGGGUCAAUUCCGACGAUGGUUCCUCAUGCUCGAUCACUACAACGCCCACCAGGGUAGUUGGUGGUGCGCCUGCCAGCAGGCCACGGGCUGUGGGACAAGACUCAGCUUUUUCCUUGGCCAGAUUGUGCGCGGCCUGCUCAUUGGUGUGCUGGGCUACAGCAUCCUUAUCGGCCCAGGCAUCGCCACCUUGAUGGCGAUCGGCACCCCGGUCGGGAAUGACUAUGUCUUCCCCAACCGAUGGGCUGUCAUUAUUUUCAAAACUGUUUGGGCCGCGCUGCUAGCACUCAUAACAGUGCCACCCCUGGUGGUCAUGGUGUUGGUCCGCGCCGGCUGGUGCGUUAUGGACUAA